GGCUGGUCCCACCAAGACCAUGAAACUGCACCCAGCUCUCACUGGUGACCCAGGCUCUUCCAGACUCUUCGACCUAACUGACCCUUGGGUUCAAGGCUAGGAUGCGGGAAAUCGUGCACAUUCAGAUUGGCCAGUGUGGCAACCAGAUCGGAGCCAAGUUCUGGGAGGUGAUCGGGGAAGAACAUGGGAUUGACUGCGCUGGGAGCUACUGCGGGACUUCAGCCCUUCAGCUGGAGAGAAUCAGCGUUUACUACAACGAAGCCUACGGUAAGAAGUACGUGCCCCGAGCUGUCCUUGUGGACCUGGAACCUGGGACAAUGGACAGCAUCCGAUCCAGCAGAUUGGGAAUCCUCUUUCAGCCUGACAGUUUUGUUCACGGUAACUCUGGUGCUGGUAACAAUUGGGCCAAGGGCCACUACACAGAGGGAGCGGAGCUGAUCGAGACGGUCAUGGAUGUGGUGAGGAGAGAGAGCGAGAGCUGCGACUGCCUGCAAGGUUUCCAGAUCGUGCACUCUCUGGGUGGAGGCACAGGCUCAGGCAUGGGCACCCUGCUCAUGAACAAGAUCAGGGAGGAGUACCCGGAUCGGAUCCUUAAUUCCUUUAGCGUCAUGCCGUCCCCCAAGGUGUCAGACACCGUGGUAGAGCCCUACAACGCGGUGCUCUCCAUCCACCAGCUGAUAGAGAACACAGAUGCCUGCUUCUGCAUCGACAACGAAGCACUCUACGAUAUCUGUUUCCGCACCCUGAGGCUGACCACGCCCACUUACGGGGACCUCAACCACCUGGUGUCCUUGACCAUGAGUGGGAUCACGACCUCACUGCGUUUUCCGGGCCAGCUUAAUGCAGACCUGCGCAAGCUGGCAGUGAAUAUGGUGCCCUUUCCUCGUCUUCACUUCUUCAUGCCUGGCUUCGCUCCACUCACAGCCCAGGGUAGCCAGCAGUACCGAGCCCUCUCAGUGGCGGAGCUCACCCAACAGAUGUUCGAUGCCCGCAACAUCAUGGCUGCCUGUGAUCCUCGCCGUGGCCGCUACCUGACUGUGGCUUGUAUCUUCCGGGGUAAGAUGUCCACCAAGGAAGUGGAUCAACAGCUGCUGUCCAUUCAGACAAGGAACAGCAACUGCUUUGUGGAAUGGAUCCCCAACAAUGUCAAGGUAGCUGUGUGUGACAUCCCACCCCGGGGACUGAACAUGGCGGCUACCUUCCUGGGUAACAAUACAGCCAUUCAAGAGCUCUUCACCCGGGUCUCUGAGCACUUCUCAGCCAUGUUCAGGAGGAGAGCUUUUGUGCACUGGUACACCAGUGAAGGGAUGGACAUAAGUGAGUUUGGGGAAGCGGAGGCAGACAUCCUCGACCUGGUGUCCGAGUACCAACAAUUCCAAGAUGUCCGAGCAGGGCUAGAGGACAUCGAAGAGGGUGGGGAGGAGGAGGCAGAGAUGGGGGCAGAAGACAAAAACCAUUAGCUAGGAGAGAAGCUAGAAGGCAGCCACUUUCAGAAGUUUCUCCAAAGAUCUGUGGCUGUCCUGAAGCCCUUAGGGCCCUCAUCCCUCACCUCGGCAUAGCAGUGAGAGCAGCAAGGCUUUCGCCCACAGUUCCUAGACAGGACUUGAUAGUCAAAUGCACAUUGUUCCUUCUUUCUUUCUUUCUUUCUUUCUUUCUUUCUUUCUUUCUUCCUUCCUUCCUUCCUUCCUUCCUUUCUUUCUUUCUUCCUUCCUUCCUCCCUCCCUCCCUCCCUCCCCCCCUCUCUUUCUUUCUUUCUUUCUUUCUUUCUUUCUUUCUUUCUUUCUUUCUUUCUUUCUUUCUUUCUUUCUUUCUUUCUUUCUUUCUUUUCCGGAGCUGGGGACCAAACCCAGGGCCUUGCGCUUGCUAGGCAAGCGCUCUACCAUUGAGUUAAAUCCCCAACCCCCUUUCUUUCUUUUUAAAUAGCAAGUGAAUUUACUGUAGGGAGCCCUACUUAUUUAUUUUUUUUUUACGAGCUGUAGCAUAGACAUGCAGACGAAGUGUGCAAGUUUGCCAGGAGCCCUGUAGCAGCGUUGCUGGGUAUCCAGCACCCAGGGCAGCUGGGGUGCUUCAGAGUCCUCGUUCACAAAGCUGUCUGAACAGCGUGUGGGAGGUUCAGGGCCAACGGAAGCACGAGUCCGCCUCCGUGGUCAAGCCGCGUGGGCCUUAUGCACCACUCGACAGGCUGACUGGAAAAAGACAAAGGGAGUCUGGAAAAACCACCUCUCUCCCGUCGGCUCCCACCGUCCAAAAGACCAUCAAGAGCGAGGCAUUCCAGUCCGCGGGCCUUUGUUUCUCAGUAACCAGCUUCCAACCUAUUUCUCCGUGUCUUCUUAUUAGAACGAGAUGCCAGUAGUUCGCUAAUGAUUGUCCUUGGUUUUCCUCUUAACGGCCGAGAAUGUCCUUUUCACUUUUCGCUCACUCCCCGCCCCCUGAAGCUGCUGUACAGACUCUCCGCUCUCUGGAAAGGGCACGAGGCAUGCUCAGCAACCGUCUGAAGGCAGGAACGUAGCCGCGAUGCCGCAGCGUCCUCCUUGGUGACAGUGGACACGGACGGUCUCAUUAGGGAACUUUUAUAGUUCAGAUUAAUUUGCAGAAGUUGCCAUAGACAUUAGCAGGAUGACACAGCCUUGUAAUGCCACAUUCAUUAUAGCAGGACUGAGCACGCGGGCGCCUCUUACAGUUACCUAGGUCUGAGGUGCACAGGGUCUUUGUGAUCCGCUGAAAUUAUCCAGCUCUCCUGUCUGACCUUCUAAAGGGAGUUAUUUGCGUGAAGCUGGAGUCUCACGUCUCGGUUUGUCUCCAGGACGCUGGGGAUGGAAGGCCUUGGGAUGUGCUAGGCAAGUCCUCUGUCACCAGCUGUUCCCUUGGGCUUCAGUUUAUGAUCAUCGACGAUAAGGCAGCAGGUGGAGGCACUCUCUUCGUAUGUGCGCUGUGAGGAAAUGCUUAAAGUGAGAAAACCAGGCCCUAUUGUUGCUAUGACUUGCCAAGCUCCUGUUCAUACGAUUGAAAAAAGCGCCAAGUCUUUUUAAAUACUUUCCGCUUUGGUGUGGACUGAGAAACAGUAGCUUAAGUGAGAUACGCGCACCUCUCCACUCCUGGAUAAACUUCCUUAUAGUUCACGACUCUGCGGGUGUCAGCCCCACGCUUAACCUGGACGCUUUCACUGCAAACCUCAAAAGGUAAUUACAUAUGUGCAAAAAAAAAAAAAAAAGACUGUAAUUCUUUUGAAAAAAAUUUUUUUUUGCUUUUUAAGACUGUGAAGACUUCCGUUUGUUCACUAAUAAUCACUAAAAUGCAAAUAAACUCCACUUUAAAUGACUAA